CUUCCGGUCUUCCCUUGCCUUUGCGUCCCUUCCCUGGCGGCCCGCACACGCCAGCGGCCAGCCCGGCCCCGCACGUACCAGGAUGAAAUCCGCGUCCACAAAGUGCGCAUCCGCGGUGGAGGUCACCCGCAGGGGCACGGGGAUCUUGUUCGUGUACGACCGCGCACUAUUGUACCAGUCGAUGCGGCAGCCGCCCUGGGUGGUGCAGGAACAAGGGGUGUCAGCUUUGUACAGCUGGAAAAUGGGCUGAGCCCCAUGUAGCGCAAGGGAUGUGACGAUGGGCACCGGCGACAUGAACAGCACCCUUGCAAGCCCAUCCAGCGGGACUGGCCACUAUGUAUCGGUUUGUACCGCUGCACGACAUGGGUCUGAGCGCGGAUACGGAUACGGACAUGGGUAAUGCCCAGGAUUAGUGGGACGGGGGCCGGGGAGGCAUAAGUGUCUGGGCAUGGAACGCUCACGGACUUCUCGCUGGAGGCUCUUGCAAGCUUCACGACCGCAACAUCAAUAAAGCCGCACGAGCGCACGACAUCCUGGUCAUUUCCGAAGCACACCUAACACAUCGUGUGACAGACGGCCGUAUAGAACUAGACGGAUACUCAGUCUUUCGUGCACAUAGAUCGCAAGAAGCUAUAAGAUCGGAUUUUGGCGGCGUUGCAGUUUAUGUGCGUGAGUGUCUGAUGGGCGGAGUGAUGCAUUUAAGGACAGACGUGAGUCUUACAGGGUGUGAAGUCGUGUGGAUGCGGAUACGCUCCAAAGAUGGAGACAGCCUGCUUUUAGGAUGUUGUUACCUUGCGCCAGAAACCUCGCGCGUAUACAAGGACGGCGGCAAAACGCGUGUGGCAAGGGAAGCCACAGCUGAGGCCGUCUUUGGAAGGCUCCAGCAGGCUAUCUCGGCGAUGCGGCAGAACGGCGAAGAGGUGCUACUGGUAGGUGACCUCAAUGCGCGUAUGCCGGCAGGGCUUAGUGAUAUACCGGAUCUCGACCAACUAGCAGCGCUUGAACAAGUUGAGCAUAUCACGGCACUGGGUGGAGCACUCACGUCGAUGCCUAGUCCAGAGGAUUACGCGGGGUUGCCGGCCAGGGCUUCUCAGGAUAAGCACGCAAACUGUUUUGGCGAAUUUCUAGCGCGUAUGUGCCGUUCUCAAGGUUUUGUGUUACUGAACGGCAGGGCACCAGGGGAUGAGUCGGGUCGAAUCACCUUCCCAAAAGGGGAGGAGGGGGGAAGCGUCAUUGACUUAUGCAUUGCAUCGCCAACUUUAUUCCAAUCGGUGACGUCAGUAGACGUGGGUGAGCUGCUGAGAUGGGCGCGCAGGGGCGCCGGUUAUGCGAGUGAUCACAGGCCUGUUACGCUGACUUUGAGCUGGGAGGUGGAGGGUCAAGCAAGUACUGAAGGCCAGGCGAAGGCAAAGCGUCCACGCACUGCAUUCAAUGCGCAGAAGAGUGAGCGCUAUAGCAAUCUUUUCGAUCAAGAUGAGUCGCCAGUAGUAAGCAAAUUAACAGAGCUAAAAGGCCACUUGGAGCAAGGGCGGUACAGCACUACCGAGGCGGUCGAAGCGUUGAGCAAGUGCCUAAGUGGAGUAUUGGAGAAGGCGUUUGGGCAGAGCAGGCCUGCUCAUCUGCGAGAGACCGAGACCCCGUGGUGGAAUGAGGAAUGUGCGGUGGCGCGUGCCGCGCUCGUCCAGGCGAAAGUAGCGCUUGGCAAACCAGUUGUGAAGGAAGGAGAAAGGUGGGAAGCGAUGCGGGCCGCGAGAUCAGUGUACUGCCGCGCAAAACGCAGGGCUAGAGCCGCCCAUGAUGCGCAAGUGAUGCGGGAUAGGGUAGCACGGUGCAGAGCCGACGCUAAAGCACUGUGGAAGAUGAUUGAGGAGCGGUGCACGAGCAAAUCCCCCAUCACGGCAGAUGGCUUCCGUGAUCACUUUGCACGGCUACUGAAUGAUGGGGCAGGAACAGUUGACGACAGCGCUGCAAAGCGUUUACUGGCGUACUGCUGUGACGAAGAUGGCUGGCGAGAUUCGAUGUAUGAUGACGAGGAAUGGGCUGAGUUAGAUAGCAUAUUGAACAGCGAUAUCUCGAUAGACGAAGUGACUCAUGCUUUAGAGAGGCUACCGAAUGGCAAGGCCCCAGGCACGGAAGCCGCGCCAUCGGAAUGCUACAAGUACGCAAAGACGCAGGGAGACCCCAGGGCAGACCCCCCCAUCCCGCCGGUGAACCGGGUAGCACCUGUUCUAGAAGUGUUGUUUAACCGCAUCUGGCGGGCGCAAGACGGAGAUGAAAGUUUUCCGGAACAGUUCACAACCACAGUGCUGACGCCAAUUUACAAGAGAAAGGGCGAUGUGAAGACGCCCGGCAACUACAGGGGCAUUGCAGUAGGCGGAGCGUUGGCUAAGUGUUAUGCAUCUAUCCUUCUGAACAGGCUAGCACGAGCAGGCGAGUUGUUCAAGUGGAGGCACCCAGCUCAGGCUGGUUUCAGGCGGAAAUACGGUACUGCCCACCAUCUGUUUGUCCUGAGGCACCUGGUGACAAAGCACACACGUGCAGGAGCACCACCAAUGAUUGUUGUACAGAUUGAUUUUGAGAAGGCGUUUGACAAGGUGCCGCGCCCCCUCUUGUGGCUACGGCUGCGGGAAAAGGGCGUGUCAGGGCGGCUGUUGGAGGCCAUACAAGCCGCAUAUGAAAAGGUCAUGAUGACGGUUAAAGCCGAUGGCAAACUGAGCGCUGCUUUUGAGGCAACGCAAGGAGUCAAGCAAGGGUGCCCACUGAGCACAGAGCUGUUCGGGCUCUUUAUUGAAACUUUGGCAGAGUAUAUUGAUGCGCACGAGGACUGGUUGGACACUGCAAGCACAGCGGGCACCCCUGAGUUAAACGGUAAGAAGCUGUCGCUCCUAAUGUACGCUGACGAUGUUUCGCUGCUAGCCACCACCCCUGAGCGUAUGCGGCACCUGUUGUCACUUGUGGAUACUUUCUGCGAAGCAUUUGGUAUGAAAGCAAACGUCGCAAAGUGUGAACGUCUGGUGUUCACUUCAGACGACCAGGAGCGUCGUAGAUUGAACGAUGAGUGCAGUGGGCUGCGGCUGGCAGGGCAGCCCAUCCCUGCGGUGGACAAGGCACGGUAUCUGGGACUAGUCUACGGCCCUGGACGUGCUUUUGCCGCCUGCAGAGAGACGCUAUGUGAGGCUGCGCGGCGUGCUAUGUACGCGCUUACUAAUAGAUUAAACCGUU